AUCAGAAACGCACCCUCUUUUACAUCUUGGUUAUCUCCUUAUUCCCUUUAAUCUUUUCUUGAAUAAUGACAUAGCCCAAUUUGGAAAAUAUUCCCUUUAUUGCUGUGAAACUCUAUUCCCAGGUCACUAGAGACCUUAUCAAAUCCGACCUAGCUUAUUCUUACAGGCUUCUUAAUGGAAUAUAUAUUGGUGGGGGAGGGAGAGAUCUCUGGGCAGACAACUGAUGAGACUGGAGGGAGAGGUCAUAUUUGUGAAUCCUUUGAAGAAGCAAAAGUUUAUGUGCAUUUCUACACGGAAAGGGUGCAUUGCCUUAUUGGUAUCACAGAGGGGUCCAUGACCUAAAAAAGGUUAAAGAAAUCAUUAAAUUUGUGUUUGUGAUUGAUCAUGUGGCUUCUACCCCAACAGGAAAAUUUCUCCUAGAUCUGAUCUUGUUUGCUACUGUACUUGAAGCCCUUCAGUCCAUCACAGUCUAAGUGGGGGAGAAAGAUUGGGUAUGGUUGCAGGACAGGAAACAGGACUGGUGUCAAACAAAGUUGGCAUUGCAGUCGCAUCUGACAACUUACCAGCUAUGGCCUUGAUCAAGUUUCUUAGCUGCUCUCUGCCUCAGUUUCUUCUGUAAAAUGAAGAAAAUUUGAGGUUUAAAGGUCAAUUAUGUUAAAGUAUGUGUAGGGCACACAAGGUGACACUGUUAUUAGGGAGAAGUCUUAUCCUGUGGCUUCAGACGGUCCCUAACUGAUUUCUCUGUAUCCUUGGGCUGAGCCUAUUUUUCAAGGCUGGUAGGGUAAGUUGGGCAUCACACCUCUCCAAAGACUUAAUUGAACACAGCUGAGUUAGAAAUCUAUUUCCAAAAACCUCUAGGCCAGAAUCACCUUUUCUCUGUCGAGUCCCCUUUUCCUCUGUCUCCUAGUACUCCCUCCAAGGUUCCUUGAUUCCUGGCAAAAGCUCUAGUUCACUUUAGGAGAGCAGAAAGGGAGAGGAAAUGAUCUUCCAAAAUUAAAGAUGAAACCUUCACUUAAAGUAAGGUUGUAGGUCAACCUUCUGAACUCUAGGGGGCAGUGUGGGUACGUUUGCCCCAGGUUCACAGCCAGCCAAAUAACAAAAUUUUCAGCCCUGCACCAAACAAUAAAGGGUAAUUGCAAACGUCUUCUUAGUGCUCUCUACUCUGAGAUUAUGAGCGAUGAUAAUCUUCCUACUUUGGAGUGUUAAAAUGUUAUUGCUCUCGUUAUGACCAAUGAUUUUUUAAUUGAGUUAACCAAGGAAAAAAUUGCUAUUUAUAUUGUUGGUUCCAUAAUUGGGGACGAAAAAUCAACAAGUCAAAGGGAUCUCAAAGUCUUUGAACCACUGUUUAGGCUUCAUUUCUGCUUUUAUUGUUGGAUGUAAGAAAAUUGACUGCUUGACCUUGUUUUCACUAAAAGACAAACAAGUUUGUUGUAGUUGCAACACAGAGGUUUGUCAAAAACAGGGUAGAGGCGGAGCUCACAGCCGGGAGAAAGGCGGCUGGAUUUCAAGGCCUCUUCAGUAAACGCACUUUGUGUCUCAGCUGUGAGGGGCAGGGUGGGGGCAUCUCAAAACUGCCCACCUUCAGCCCAGCCUUUGGAAUCCUCGACACCUUCCAUUGCCCGGUUCCAGACAACAGCGAGGGUCCCAUUCCAUGUCUAGCGGGGAUAGAAACAAAACAGCCAGUCUUAGCCGGGAGCCUUCGUGGCGCCUCGCCUGCCUCAGCCUCCAGGAGGCGGGCACAGCAGCUGGGAGGUGGCCCGCGGCCAGCCAAUGGCUAGGGGACGAGCUGAGAGGCGAAAGUGGUCCUUCACUCCCGGCCAACGUCAUGGUGCUGGCCCCGCCCCUUUGCCCCCGGGUAAAGCAGCCGCCAAGCGGACCGAGAGGACGCCGAACCCGGUAAGGUGGUUGGGAGCUGAGAGAGGGAGGAGGUGGAGGAAGGCCUGGAACGAAGGCGAUAGCUGGGGUCCUGGGACCCGGGAAUGCUCCGAGGACCGUGGGUUUGAACAAAAACUGCCGAUACAGCCUCCGCUCCCGCUGUCCAGCUGCUCCUAGGGGCGCGGUUGUUGCUACGAGACACUUGUGCCAGCAGCUGGGCAGUGGCAUGGAACUGGGUGUUUGUGCUUUAGAGCUGGAUAUAUCUUACUCCACCUAAAGUGCCCCUGGGGAGUGAGGGGCCACCACCCGGACAAGGGGUGUGGCAUCUGUUUUAGAGCAGAAGGUUGCUUCUCCCAAACCUGGGACACUGAGCUGACCGAGUUCACCUGUAAGACAGCCCUACUGGCACCACUCCAGCCUGGUUAUUCUAAGUGGGCUGCUGGCAUCAAGGGCAGGUGGGAGGGAAAGGGAGGAUCCCAUGGCCCGGGGUAAAAUGCAGACUCUGUUCCUGCUCCUGUCACCCUUGCAGUUUCCCUGUCUGCCCCUUCUUUAGCAUUUCACCAGCAAUUGGGGCUUCUCUCACUCUUCCCUAUUUUGGCAUUCCUGGAGUCUGCGAUCUAUUCAGUGCUCUGAGGAAGGAACUGCUACAGGGCAGAGUGGAAAAAUUACUUCUCUAGCCCAUCCCCUGACACCCUGGCCCUUAACUUCCCAGUUUGCUGAGUUCACAGGCAUACCUAGACAGGGCAAGGGUGGGGACCCUGGGCUGGGGUUCAGUUCCCAGCUGGAUUCUAUUUUCUUUUUUCCUAGGGUUGGUAGAGGAAAGGAGGGGACUGAAAGGUCUUCAAAGACAACGUUAUUACCUGUUUGCUCCUCACAGCUACUCUGCUAGGUCUGCCACAAUGCUGCUGCACAGGGCUGUGAUCCCAUGUCUCCGACAGGCCUGCAGGCUCCAAUCAGUCCCCUCAAGGCUCUGCAUUCGGGCCUGCUCUACAAAUGAUUCACUUCAGCCCCAGUGCCCCAGCCUUGACUUCUCUGGUGCUAACUCCAGCACUAGGGGAUGGAGAGUCAUGGGGACUCUGCUAGGCCUCGGUGCAGUGUUGGCCUAUCAUGACCACCGGUGCAGGGCUGCUGAGAAGUCACCACGCAUAUAUACCAGAGAGGAAGUGAAAUCUCACAGCAGCCUUGAGACUAGGAUCUGGGUAACUCUGGGCUGUGAGGUGUUUGAUGUUACAGAAUUUGUGGAUCUACACCCAGGGGGGCCAUCAAAGCUGAUGCUAGCAGCAGGUGGUCCUUUAGAGCCUUUCUGGGCCCUCUAUGCUGUUCAUGACCAGGCCCACGUGCGUGAGAUACUGGCUCAGUACAAAGUUGGGGAGCUGAGCCCUGAAGACAAAGCACCCUCCACCUUGAAGACCUCUGACCCUUACGCUGAUGAUCCUGUACGUCACCCAGCCCUGAAGGUCAAUAGCCAACGCCCCUUUAAUGCAGAGCCCCCCCCUGAACUGCUGACAGAAAACUAUAUCACACCUAACCCUAUCUUCUUCACCCGGAACCAUCUGCCUGUACCUAACCUGGAACCGGAAACCUAUCGCCUGCAUGUAGUAGGGCCACCUGGGUGUCAGUCGCUGUCCCUAUCCCUGGAUGACUUGUACCAGUUCCCCAAGCACGAGGUCACAGUCACUCUUCAGUGUGCUGGAAACCGACGCUCUGAGAUGACUCAGUUCAAAGAAGUAAAAGGUCUGGAGUGGAAUGCAGGGGCCAUUAGCACUGCACGCUGGGCUGGGGCACGCCUCUGUGAUGUGUUAGCCAAGGCUGGUCACCAACUCCGUGAAACUGAGGCCCACGUCUGCUUUGAGGGACUGGACUCAGACCCCACAGGGACUGCGUACGGAGCAUCCAUCCCCCUGGCUCGGGCCAUGGACCCUGAAGCUGAGGUCCUGCUGGCAUAUGAGAUGAAUGGGCAACCCCUGCCUCGUGACCAUGGCUUCCCUGUGCGGGUGGUUGUUCCUGGUGUGGUGGGUGCCCGUCAUGUCAAAUGGCUGGGCAAAGUGAGCGUGGAACGAGAGGAAAGUUACAGUCACUGGCAGCGGCGGGAUUACAAAGGCUUCUCUCCGUCUGUGGACUGGGACACAGUAGAUUUUGACUCAGCUCCAUCUAUUCAGGAACUUCCUGUCCAGUCAGCCAUCACAGAGCCCAAGGAUGGGGAGACUGUACGAUCAGGGGAGGUGACUAUCAAGGGCUAUGCAUGGAGUGGUGGUGGGAGGGCUAUAGUCAGGGUGGAUGUGUCUCUGGAUGGGGGCCUAACCUGGCAAGUGGCUGAGCUGGAUGGAGAGGAACAGCGUCCCCGGAAGGCCUGGGCCUGGAGGUUAUGGCAGCUGCAAGCGCCUGUGCCAGCUGGGAAAAAGGAAUUGAACAUUGUUUGUAAGGCUGUAGAUGAUAGCUACAAUGUGCAACCAGACUCGGUGGCCCCAAUCUGGAACCUGCGAGGUGUGCUCAGCAAUGCCUGGCACCGUGUCCACGUCCGUGUCACCCCAUGAAAAGGUGAAGUGGAAUUACCUACUCCCAGAAUCAUUUUCUCAACCCCUUCCAUAACCAUCCUUUUCCCUCAUUACCACAGAAAAACCUUGCCUUUCAUCAUCACUUCUUGGAUCACAACCUUGUACUAUGCCUUCCUAAACCACACAUAGAUAACAUGCAUUGCACAUUUCCAAGCAGGCAUCAGCUCUCCUUUGACACUAUGUUACAUAACUCCUAUUGUGCCCCUUGUUGAGAGCUGUUGGGGCUAGAAGGGGGGGAAAUUCUGUAAACAAGCACUCUUCCUACCCAACCUCCACUGCUAAUGUAUACCACCACUUUAUUCUACUCUUCUUGGGAGUUUUCAGAGAAUGUGGAUACAUGUGAGAAAAGUGUACAUGCAACUUUCUACUUUCUACUUUCCACUUUCUGGGUUGCCAGGGAGGCAAUCCUGGUGAAAUCCUACCCCUUUAUAGUUCCACUUUUCUGAAUACAUCAAUAAAGUGUUUUAAGU